AUGUUCGCAGGAUAUUCAGUAGGGCCCACAAUAGGCGGAUAUUUGAUCAAAGGAACGGAUAAUUUACUUUCGGUGUAUUAUGUGACGCUUGUAAUGUAUAUUUUGUUGGUCUUAUUUUACUUUUUUAUAUUACCUGAAUCUCUAUCAAAAGAAAAAUUGUUGACGAACGUAAAACGUCAACAAGAACUAUUUUCAAUUAACUGGACGGGAAUGAAAUGGGUUGAUUCCUUCCUUGGAUUAGUUUAUAGCAUGUUUAGGCCACUAUUAUUGUUCCUUCCGAAUGGUAGACGACAACAAAAAAUUGAUAGCGAUACAGUUCCUUUUUCUGCUACAAAAUAUUCAUUCUCAUUAUUAGCAAUUGUAUACUCUUUAUUAUCGGCUUCUAUAAUGGCAAUGUCUGGAGUGACUGUAUUAUAUACAUCAUUAGUAUUUAAAUGGACCUUGAUAGAACAAGGUUAUUUCAUUUUCUUGAUGAGUGGAACAAAAGUAUUUGUUUUAUUUGUCUUAUAUCCUCUAUUAGUAAGGUUCAAGAAACAAACACUUUUGUUAUUAUCUAAAAUCAAAUCCAUCUUUUCGAAAAAUAUGAAAAAAAAUACAGAAGAGCAAAUUACUAUUGAAGAUGAGAAGACUCUGCUCAGGAAGGAAUUGAUCUUUGAAGUUUGGGUUAUCAGAAUAGUAUUCUUAAUUGAUGGAUUAGCUCAUGUCGCGUAUGGCCUAGCAAAAUCUGGUUCGAUAUUUAACGGAGUCACCGUUAUAGCUGCCAUAGGUAUAAUAACGACCCCGGCGAUAAAAUCAUUACAGACGAAUUUAAUAUCUCCGUCUCAAAUAGGUCAAUUAUUAGGUGGAAUAAGUGUGAUCGAUUCACUUCUUCGCAUAGUUGUUCCGCCCAUAUUUGAUAAUUUAUACGCUUUACUUGUUAAAACUUCUCCUGGUUCAAUAUGGCAUUGUAUCUCGGUUUUAUUAUUCAUCGCUUUUUUCGUUUCAUUUGGCAUUGGUCCUCCUCUUUAA